AUGCGUUUCACUAGCGCGAUCCUUGCCCUGGUGGUCAGCGGCCCCAUGGUGGCAAUGGCUGCACCCACUGCAUUCACAGAAUCCCGUCGCGACCUACACGCUGGAACUGCCGAGACCGUCGGCCCUGAGCCAGAAACCAUGCGCCGUGGCAUUCAGAAAUUGAACGCUGGAACUGCAGAGACCGUCGGCCCUGAGCCAGAAACCAUGCGCCAUGGCACGCAGGGACUCCACGCUGGAACUGCCGAGACCGUCGGCCCUGAGCCGGAGAGCAUCAACGAGCUCCCAGUGCGCCGUAACUGA